AUGUUGCAAGGGCUGCUCCUAAUUCUCACGUUCCUCCUUUCUUCAGUUCCAGUGAAUUCUAUAAAGAAGUAUGAAGUGGUUUUUCCCAAAAGAGUUCACCCACUGCAUAAAAGAGAGGUCAAUGAGCCAGUUGACCAGGAGAAAUUUGAAACUGAAUUGAAGUACCAAAUGACAGUUAAUGGAAAAAUGGUAGUCCUUUAUUUGAAAAAAAGCAAGGAUCUUCUUGCACCGGGCUAUACAGAAACACACUAUAAUCCCACUGGAAAAGAGAUUAUCACAAGUCCACAGAUCAUGGAUGACUGCUAUUACCAAGGACACCUUAUAAAUGAAAAGGUUUCUGAUGCUAGCAUCAGUACAUGUAGGGGUCUAAGAGGCUACUUCAGUCAGGGAGAUCAAAGCUACUUCAUUGAGCCUUUGGGCCCCACAAAUCAGGAUGAACAGGAGCAUGCGCUCUUCAAACAUGAUCCAGAUGAAAAGAUAAAUAGCUCUUGUGGAAUGGAUGAUAUUUUGUGGGCACAUGGAUCUCGGCAGGCAGUGGCUCCUCCUGCUUCCAGUCUGAUUAAAUUGAAUGAUCGGAAAGCUCAGAAAAAUAAGAAAUACGUAGAAUAUUAUUUGGUACUGGAUAAUGGUGAGUUUAAAAAAUAUAAUCAAGAUCCAGAGGAAAUAAGAAAACGGGUAUUUGAGAUGACCAAUUAUGUCAAUAUGCUUUAUAAAAAACUAAAUACUCAUGUGGCUUUAGUUGGAAUGGAAAUCUGGAAUGACAAGGAUAAGAUAAAAAUAAGCCCCAAUGCAAGUUUUACCUUGGACAAUUUUUCUAAAUGGAGGGGGAGUAUUCUCCCAAGAAGAAAACGCCAUGAUGUCGCUCAGUUAAUCACGUCAACAGAACUUUCUGGAACGACGGUGGGCCUUGCUUUCAUGUCUACCAUGUGUUCUCCCUACCACUCUGUCGGCAUUGUUCAGGACCACAGUGACAAUGUUCUUAGAGUUGCGGGAACAAUGGCCCAUGAAAUGGGCCAUAACUUUGGAAUGUUUCAUGACUCCUAUGUUUGCAAGUGCCCUUCUACAAUAUGUGUGAUGGACAAAGCAUUAAGCUUCUAUAUCCCUACAGACUUUAGUUCUUGCAGUCGUGUCAGCUAUGACAAGUUCUUUGAAGAGAAAUCUUCAAACUGCCUCUUUAAUGCUCCAUUACCUACCGAUAUCAUAUCCACCCCAAUCUGUGGAAACCAGUUGGUGGAAAUGGGAGAAGACUGUGACUGUGGGACCCCUGAGGAAUGUACCAACAUUUGCUGUGAUGCUAAAACAUGUAAAAUCAAAGCACAUUACCAAUGUGCUUUAGGAGAAUGCUGUGAAAAAUGUCAGUUUAAGAAGGCUGGUUCCGUGUGCAGAACAGCCAAAGAUGAGUGUGACCUGCCGGAAAUGUGCGAUGGUAAAUCUGGCCUUUGCCCCAGUGAUAGAUUCCGAGUCAAUGGCUUCCCUUGCCAAAAUGGCAAAGGUUACUGCUUGAUGGGGAUGUGCCCCACCCUUCAGGAGCAGUGCGAGGAACUGUGGGGACCAGAAACCCAAGCUGCUGAUAAGUCAUGUUAUAGCAAGAAUGAAGUUGGAUCGAAGUAUGGGUACUGUCGCAAAGUGGGUGACACGUACAUUCCCUGUAAAGCAAAUGAUGCCACGUGUGGGAAGUUGUUCUGUCAAGGAGGAUCAGAUAAUGUGCCUUGGAAAGGAAGAAUAGUGACAUUCCUGACAUGUAAAACAUUUGAUCCUGAUGAAAAUAAUCAAGAAAUAAGCAUGGUACUAAAUGGAACUAAAUGUGGUCAUCAGAAGGUUUGCAUUAACGCAGAAUGUGUGGAUAUUGAGAGAGCCUACAAGUCAACCAAUUGUUCAUCUAAGUGCAAGGGGCAUGCUGUGUGUGACCAUGAGCUCCAGUGCCAGUGUCAGGAGGGAUGGGCCCCUCCUGACUGUGAUGACUCCUCAAUGGUUUUCCACUUCUCCAUUGUGGUUGGGGUGCUCUUCCCUGUGGCUGUCAUAUUUGUGGUGGUUGCUAUCGUAAUCAGGCACCAAAACAGCAGAAAAAAGCAGAAGAAAAUCCAGAGGCCCUCAUCCGCUCCUGACACCAAGUCACACAAACAGAAGAAACCACAAACAGGGAAGGUUGCUCAGCCCCAAGAGAUGAGUCAGAUGAAGCUUCAAGAACCUGACCUCCCAGUCGAAGACGAUGUCCCUCCGGUUUCUUUUGUGAGUUAG